UGACAGCAGAAACAUAAGAUGUUUGAGUCUCCGAGAAGUCUCCAGGAAGUUUGCAUUGAUUUUAUUUGCGGUAAUCUUCUUGGCUUGUGCAAGAUUCACCUUAGUGAUAAUACUCAAGUAUUAUCCAAUACUCUGAGUAGUAGUUCUGUCUCUGAUCAACGAGAUAUCUAUACACUGAACAGUAAUAGCACAAAAGUUGCUUUUGAUACUGCAGCAGGUAGAACAUCAUCUAACGAUGCUUCCUUCAGCUCACCAACCCGACUUACCUUUAGACAUCCAGAUGCCUUCUUGCCGACUGAAAUAUCAGAGCAAUUAUUAUCCAACCUAUGUGAGAAGAACACGUUGUCUGAUUUAACAAUUACACUUUUUGAUUCAAAGACUACUAGAUUAAGGCAUGUACGAUUGAAAGAUGCAUCAACGUUGUCAGCUAAAGGUUUAAGUGUUCUUAAACAGCAUAAAGUUUUAGAUUUAAUAGUAAAUGGUCUGAAAAUCACUGUUAAUGAUUUAAUUAGCUGUUUAGGCGAUUGGAGUAUACAAAAUCUUAGGUCGCUAAGUGUAGCUAAAGGAAGCUUUAUGGAUUUUUCAAGAAAACGCAUGGUGGAUAUCGCAACAUUAAAUAAAUUAAAGGCACUUCACACCUUGAAUGUCUCAGGAACAGAAUUUAAUAAACAUGGCUUAGACAUAGUAGUCGAAGAUCUUCCCCUUUUAGAGAGCUUAGAUAUAUCUUGUACAAGAGUUGAUGAAAUAACACCGUUAAAAAAAUGUAAAAAUCGUUUAAAGACAUUAAAUAUGUAUAAUUUAAAGUUAAGUGGAUAUGGAAAUUUAAUACCAGUGUUGCUGGAGUUAAAUGAAUUAAGGCAUUUAGAUAUUUCCGAUGAAAAAGAUCCACAUGGUUUUGAAGUUUUUGCACCUGCUAAACCAAAAAUAACAGACUUUUUAAGAAGUUUGAAUUGCAUGCCUCAUUUAACAACUCUAGACUUAUCAGGUAAAGAUGAUAUAAAUCCGAAAGAUUUAAAAAAUUUCAUUGCAUCACACGUACAUUUGAGAUUUCUGGGAUUGGUACAUUCUGAUGCUUGUUACGAUGAAAGUUUUAUAAAUUCAACACAUAAGGAUUAUAGAUCUGAACUUGUUAUCAGUGGUACAGCAACAGAAUCUCAAAUUUUGGAAGCUCUUAAGAGGUAUACAUACAGACCAAUAUACCUUCAAAAAUGUCUAUUUAACUUAUUCCGUUUGACACCAAACUUUCUUGAACCACGAGUUGAUGUGAUAAAAUUAGUGUUACCUGGAAUGAAAGAACAUCCACAGGAGUUUCGUGUACAAAUGGCAGCUACUGCGUGUAUCUAUAAUCUCACAAAGGGUGAAUUAGCUCUCAUGAUUCAUCCAUCAAUACUUAAACAAAUAGUCGAAUUAACUUUAUUAGCAAUGGAAUCAUAUCCAACUAAUCAUCAACUUCAAAAGAAUACGUUAUUGACCCUGUGUAGCGAUAGAAUCCUGCAGGAUGUUGCGUUUGACAAAUAUAGAUGCGCGAGAUUAGUUAUGAAUUGCUUGUCAACAUUUGAUGAUGCAUCCAUGAAUCGUAUGUCUGUGGCUAUUUGCUCAAUAUUAGCAGCAAAGAUAUCGACAUUGGAAACGUCUAUGCUUGGUGCACAGCCGCAAUAUAUGUUGAAAUUGCUUGCAAUGGUUAGAUCUAAGGUUGAAUCCAAAUCAGUAGAUAUUACAAUGAAAUUUACAUUAAGCGCUCUUUGGAACUUAACGGAUGAGAGUGCUGCUACAUGCAAGGUUUUUCUUGAUGAAGGUGGAAUGGAGUUAUUUCUUCAAGUGUUGGAUAGCUUCCAAGGAGAAUCUAGUGUGGAAACUAAAGUUCUUGGUUUGUUAAACAAUAUAGCAGAGGUCGAUCAUUUGAGACCACGACUUAUGCAAUCUCGCUUUAUAAAAAUGCUUUCUAUGCUGCUUGAUUCCGAGCACAUUGAUGUAUCUUAUUUCGCAGCUGGUAUUGCUGCGCAUCUACUUAGUGAUGGUCCUCGAUCAUGGUGUAGUAUGCCAUCACAACCAAGCAGGGAGCAAUUAUUAGAUCAACUAGUCCAUGCUGUAACUCAUUGGCAAACGCCACAAGGAGAGAUGGUUGCCUAUCGCAGCUUCCAACCAUUUUUCCCAUUGUUACGUUGUAUAGAUGCAUAUCCCGUUCAACUCUGGGCAGUAUGGGCAAUUCAUCAUGUGUGCACAAAAAACCCAAAACGUUAUUGUGUGAUGUUGAUCAGAGAAGGAGGAGUAGAAACUUUAAAACAAUUGGAAAAAACGCAUACAGAAUAUACAACACAACCAAAUUUGCAAAGUUUAUGUCAAUCGAUUUUGGAAACGCUUGAAUUAAACUCUUAA